AUGGCGUCUGCAGCAGUAUCGAUGCGUUCCAUGCUCGGCGUGCCAGCCUCUACAACCUCCACGAGCGACAGCAUCCUGGUCAUCAUCGACGCUCAGAACGAGUACGCAACCGGCAAGCUAGCAGUCUCAAACGUCGAAGCAUCCCGAACAAGUAUCGCCUCUCUGCUUGAGAAAUACCGCGCCGCAAAGGCUCCCGUCGUCCACGUCGUCCACGAAGUGCCGGCCGGUGCCCCCCUCUUUACUCCCGGCACCGAGCUCGCCGAGGAAUUUUCAGAGCUGAAGCCGCUCGAGGGGGAAAGUGUGGUCGCCAAGAAUUUUCCGGGCUCCUUCACGGGUACGAACCUGGAAGAGUUGCUAAAGGCUACCGGAAGGAACAAGGUGGUUUUGACCGGAUACAUGGCGCACGUUUGUAUCUCGACUACUGCUCGACAGGCGAGUGAAAAGGGGUGGGACGUGAUCGUUGUGGAAGACGCCGUCGGUGACCGCGAUAUCCCUGGGGCAAAUGCUGAGGAUUUGACAAAGAUCGCGUUGGCUGAAAUUGCGGAUGCAUUCGGUACUGUGGUGAAGAGCAAAGAUAUUGCAUAG